CUAGAAUGGAAUACGGGAAGAAAAUAUAUCUUUGGUGUUUCAAGCGGAGGUGCCACUAACUCCACCUAUCGAUAGACAAUUUCUUGUAAUUGUGCUUUGCUGUGUCGUUGUACAAACUUUAUUCGAUUAUAAAUUGUGUCCCAUUGCUUUAGCAGUAAUUCAAAAUGGUUUCCUUAAAUCCUGUCAGGAUCCUAAAAAAUGAAGCGGAAGAAGAAAAAGCAGAAAUUGCCAGGCUAAGUUUGUUUGUAGGAGCAAUAGCCAUUGGUGAUUUAGUAAAGUCUACACUUGGACCUAAAGGUAUGGAUAAGAUAUUGGUGGCUCAUGGCCGAUCUGCAGGACAAGUUCAAGUUACCAAUGAUGGUGCAACUAUUCUCAAAAAUGUUGGUGUGGAUAAUCCUGCUGCUAAAAUCUUAGUAGAUAUGUCGCGUGUUCAAGAUGAUGAAGUUGGUGAUGGUACCACUUCUGUAACUGUCCUUGCUGCUGAAUUAUUAAGAGAAGCAGAGAAAUUAAUAGAUCAAAAAAUUCAUCCACAAACCAUAAUUUCUGGCUGGAGAAGUGCAACUAAUGUAGCAAGAGAAGCUUUGAAAAAUGCUGCAGCUGAUAAUUCUGCAGAUCCUGAACGUUUUCGUGAAGAUUUGUUGAAUAUUGCCCGUACAACUCUGAGUUCGAAAAUUUUGUCCCAACACAAGGAACACUUCAGCAAACUUGCAGUAAAUGCUGUGUUGCGUCUUAAAGGAUCUGGCAAUUUAUCGGCUAUUCAAAUAAUUAAGAAGCGUGGAGGAACUUUAGGUGAUUCCUUCCUUGAUGAGGGAUUCUUACUAGACAAAAAACCUGGUGUACAUCAGCCACAGAGAAUAACUGAUGCACGUAUACUUAUAGCGAACACUCCUAUGGAUACAGAUAAAAUCAAGGUAUUUGGUUCUAGAGUUAGAGUUGACUCAAUGGCAAAAAUUGCAGAAUUAGAAGGAGCAGAGAAGGAAAAAAUGAAGGAUAAAGUUGAGAAGAUCAUAAAACAUGGCUGCAACGUUUUUGUUAAUAGACAGUUGAUUUAUAAUUACCCAGAACAAUUGUUUGCUGACGCUAAUAUUAUGGCUAUCGAGCAUGCUGACUUUGAUGGUAUUGAACGGCUUGCUCUUGUUACUGGUGGAGAAAUUGUCAGUACCUUUGAUCAUCCUGAUAUGGUGAAACUUGGCAAAUGUGAUCUCAUUGAACAGAUAAUGUUGGGCGAAGACACUUUAUUACGAUUUUCUGGAGUUCCUUUGGGAGAAGCAUGUACAGUAAUUAUUAGAGGUGCUACCCAGCAAAUUCUUGAUGAAGCUGAGAGAUCUUUGCAUGAUGCGCUUUGCGUAUUAUCAGCUACUGUACGUGAAUCAAGAAUUGUUUAUGGGGGAGGAUGUAGUGAAAUGAUAAUGGCUUGUGCCGUAAUGAACGCAGCUGCUUCUACUCCUGGAAAAGAAGCAGUUGCAAUGGAAUCUUUUGCUCGUGCAUUGCAACAAUUACCCACUGUUAUUGCCGACAAUGCUGGUUACGAUUCAGCUCAACUAGUUAGCGAAUUGAGAGCUGCACAUAAUUCUGGCGCAAAUACCAUGGGCCUCGAUAUGGAGCAAGGAAAAAUAGGCUGUAUGAAACGAUUAGGAAUAACUGAAUCUUGGGCUGUGAAGAGGCAAGUUUUAGUUAGUGCAGCAGAAGCAGCCGAAAUGAUUUUACGUGUGGAUGAUAUCUUACGGGCUGCACCCAGAAAGCGCGUCAAGGAUCGCGGACGUUGUUAAUUACACAGAUGCUCGUUCACUGCUUUAUCUGCACUGCUUUUUUUCGUAACACGAAUUAUGAUUAAAUAAUAAACAAUUUAGCUUCUUCCCUUUUGUUAAUAAACAUUGACACUAAUUAAUACCAGUAUACUUCUUUAAUGCUAUGGUAUGUAAUACUAUUUUACGUUAUAAAUUUUAAAUCACUGUUCGAAACUGAAGUAAGAGAAGGGUUUAUAAAAAAAUCGGACAUUUUGCGAUCAUCAUUUUUUAUAACAAUACAAUAGGUUUAACAUCAAUAAAUGCCCUUAAUACCCUAAAA